AUGAUGAUGAUGUCUCAAGCUACUCCAAUUUCAACCUCAAUUGGAACAAGUUUUGGUAAUACACGGUCUCAAUAUUUCCCACAGCAAGAACAGCAACAACACUCCUUGAUUGCGACUGCUGACGAAGAGGCUCAAGAUAGGCUUAACAAAAGGCAUUCUACAGAACAACCAGCGGUACCAUCGGCGGCACCAGCACCACAGCCACCACAGCCACAACAAAAGAAAAUAUCUCUGAGACAUCAAAAAAAGCUAUUACCACUUAUCAUUGAUGUAGCAUUAGACACUAAUGGUAAACAACUAUACCAGGUUCACGAAUCUUCCAAACUCAUUAGAAAAGAAAUGCCUAAAUCUACAAACUUUUCCUUUUCUCACCACGAUUUCAAUGGAGAAAGGUUUUUCAGUAAUAGUAGGAGCCCUUUUGUUAAAGAUGAGGAGGAAGAAGAAGAAGAAGGAAGGAUGAUUCUGAGUAGGAAAGUUACAAGGACUUUGUCCCCUUCAGAUUCAAAACAGAAAUGCUUUCUUGAUAACGAGGAAGUAUAUAAGUAUGAUGAAGAGAGCUUAGAAGAGGACGAUGUCAAUAAAGAAGAAAGCAAAGGGGAGGCAAAAAAUGUGACAUUUCGAGGAGAGAGUUUAUUUCACGAUGAUAAUUUCUCCAGCUGCUCGUCACAAUUGCCACUGCAAUUUAGAAACAAUUACAACGCCAAAGACAAUGGUGGUGGUGGUGUUGCUAAUCAAUACUUUGAUCAAGAAGUAAAAAAUAUGAAUUUGGUUGAUACUGAUCCUUGCUCCCCUGUGCAUUCGAAGAUUGUAGAUACCGAUAUUUGGUCAGAUGAUGUGGAGCAAGCAUUUGGACAAGUAUUACGGAUUAUUCCCAAAAACGGGUUGAACAAGAUCAAGAUAGCUGGUAGAUCAUGUGGUAGAAACGAACUAAUUUCCGAUUACAUUUUCAACAAGACUGGUAAAUAUAGAACAAGAAAACAAGUCUCUUCACAUAUACAAGUUAUUAAGAAUUUAGAACAAGAUCACGAAAUAAUAAAGUUGAUCAAUGAGGGGCCAGUGUACCCCACAAAAGAAGAUCAAAUCAGAGCAAUUAAUAGGUUUGAAGAGAUUUUUUCAAAGAUCAAUUUGAACAAGUCAUUGGGAUUUAGUAAUUCAAUAAGGAGGAAAAGCAGUGGAGAUUUCCAUUUACAGGCGACAAAAAGAGUAAGGCAAAAGAGUUGUGUAGGAAAAGGAAAAGGAGGAGGAGGAGGAGGAGGAGGCAGUGGUAGUGAUUAUGGUGUAAACAAUCCUUUGACCAGAAUAAGUUUUGAAAAUUUUUUCAUGUCUGUGAGUAAUCGAUUCUCACCUAAUCCGAUUGUAUUGACAAUCCAACAUAACCAACCUGCACACGAAGUUACGACAUUAAAAUUGAGUAAUGAUGCCAUAUUAUCGAAUAACAGUAGGUUUCCCUGUUUAAGUGAUUUGAAAAAUUGCUCCCACGUGCCAAUUAUACAUAAUAUGGUAAAGAUAUACCUACCCGCAGACUUGCAAAUAAAAAACGAAAUGGAGAUUGAGCUUAGAUCAAGUUUUAAGCUAAAAUAUGAAGAGAGUGAUAGUGAUACAUUGAUACCCUCAUCGUCACGAAAGAAAAUUAUUUCUACUUCAAAAGCAUACAGUUCUUUUACUAGUAUUUAUUCAUACGGAAAACAAAUAUGGAAACUUGAUGAGAAGGCCAAAAUACACUUGAAUCAAGAUUGUGACUUUCUUGUCAAGUUUUGGAAAUUUUUCUUCUCCACCAUGAGUGGGAAAAGCGCUUCCGGUGUAGCCUUGGCUGUUAAGGGAAUUACCAUCAGACAAAUCAUAUAUGAGGUUGAUGGUGGCAAAAACCAAAAAGAAGAUACAAGUGUGAUAUCUAAACUAAGGAUUAAAAUGGUUUUAUUAUGGGAGUUUGCUAAAGUUGACAAAUUGAAAGAUGCAAUUACCGCAACUUCCAGGUUGAUUUUACCAACACUGCCAAGCAGACUGCAUAAUGAUAAUAAUAAUAACAACAAUAGCGAUGACGAUACCGCCAUCACUUCUUCGAGCGAAAAUGUAGCUCCACAAGUGCUCGGUUAUUCUCAACAAAUGCAACAACAGAUCCAAGCCGAUGGUACUAUUCCAACUCCUAUAUCUAUUGCUGCUUCACAGAUGGAGCUUGGCCAUUCAACAACCGCUGUUGCUUCUUCUGCUACAACAAUUUCCACUUCAAUUAACUCUAACUGUUCCUCACUGUCUCCCAUAUUUAAGAAUAAGAGAUCAUUAUCUACACUGCCUCAGACAAACCAUCAAUCAGGAGCAGGAACAUUCAUGUAUUCCCAACAACAACAACAACAACAACAACAACAACAGCAACAACAGCAGCAGCAACAGCAACAACAACAACAACAACAACAGCAACAACAGCAGCAGCAACAGCAACAACAACAACAACAACAACAGCAACAACAGCAGCAGCAACAGCAACAACAACAACAACAACAACAGCAACAACAGCAGCAGCAACAGCAACAACAACAACAACAACAACAACAACAAUUACAACAACAACAACAACAACAACAACAACAACAAUUACAACAACAAUUACAACAACAAUUACAACAACAAGAACAACAACAACAGCUACAACAGCUGGCUAUAUCUCACCAUUUGAAUGGGCAAUAUCCAAAGUAUCAGUCUGCAUUUCUACAAAAUCAACGACAACAGCAAAGUAUGCAGCAGAAUUUACUACAACAUCAGCAACAGCAACAGCAUCAUCAAUCGCUUGCACCGUUUGGUACUUCUCCCUCAUAUUCAUAUAUAGCUCAACCUACGGCAAAUAUGAGUCUAUUUAUGUUUACCCCAACAGACAACGACGAGGCUUGUAAUAUUUCAGAGACGGACUCUCUUGCCGCAGUGGCCAUCACCGGAAAUCAAGAGGAUAACUAUAGCGGUACGUAUUACGCUGCUGUUACAGAGCCUGAAUUUUAUUAA